UGGAAGAAGGCGGUUGGCUAUGAGUCAGUUAAAUCAGAAGGGGGUGAAACUUAUCUGACAGGCGCACCUAGCUACCCGAGUGGCUGUAACUGACAGGCAAGCUGUAAACAUGUGUGGAAUCUUUGCCUAUCUCAACUACCAUGUGCCAAGAACUCGCCGUGAGAUCCUUGAGAUCCUCCUCAAAGGACUGCAACGUCUAGAGUACAGAGGCUAUGACUCAGCCGGAGUGGGAAUUGAUGGUGGCAAUGGGAAGGAGUGGGAGUCAAACGCCAAGUCUAUCCAACUGAUCAAGACCUCUGGAAAAGUGAAAGCUCUGGAUGAGGAGAUCCACAAACAGCAGGAUGUCGACCUGGACGUGGAGUUUGAUGUUCACCUUGGCAUUGCUCACACCCGCUGGGCUACUCACGGUGUACCAAGCCCAGUUAACAGCCAUCCACACAGAUCUGACAAGACAAAUGAGUUUAUUGUCAUUCACAAUGGAAUUAUCACCAACUACAAAGACCUGAGGAAAUUCUUGGAGAGCAAAGGCUAUGAGUUUGAAUCUGAGACUGACACAGAGUCCAUCGCCAAGCUGGUGAAGUACAUGUAUGACAACCGGGAGAGUGACGACCUCAAUUUUUCUACACUGGUGGAACGGGUGAUCCAGCAGCUGGAGGGAGCUUUUGCCCUGGUCUUCAAGAGUGUCCACUACCCUGGAGAGGCAGUUGGCACAAGGAGGGGAAGUCCCCUGCUGAUGGGAGUGAGGAGUGAUCACAAGCUGUCCACAGAUCAUAUUCCUGUGCUCUACCGCUCCUCUGCUAAAGACAAAAAGGGCUGCAGUGCCCUACCCAGGGCAGACCAGGACACCUGUCUGUUCCCUGUGGAUGAGAAGGCUGUGGAAUACUACUUUGCCUCUGAUGCAAGCGCUGUGAUCGAGCACACAAACCGGGUGAUCUUCCUGGAGGACGACGACGUGGCCGCCGUGAUGGAAGGCCGCCUGUCCAUCCACAGGAUAAAGCGUACAGCUGGAGACUAUCCAGCCCGCGCCAUCCAGACCCUGCAGAUGGAGCUCCAGCAGAUCAUGAAGGGCAACUUCAGUGCCUUCAUGCAGAAGGAGAUCUUUGAGCAGCCAGAGUCUGUGGUCAACACCAUGAGAGGGAGGAUCAACUUUGACAACAACACAGUGAUCCUGGGUGGACUGAAGGACCACAUCAAAGAGAUCCAGAGGUGUCGGCGACUUAUCCUUAUUGCCUGCGGCACCAGCUACCAUGCCGGUGUGGCAACCCGCCAGGUCCUGGAGGAGCUAACCGAGCUGCCUGUCAUGGUGGAACUGGCCAGCGAUUUCCUGGACAGGAACACUCCCGUCUUCCGAGACGACGUCUGCUUCUUUAUCAGCCAGUCAGGGGAGACUGCUGACAGCCUCAUGGCCCUGCGCUACUGUAAAGAGAGAGGAGCUCUGACUGUGGGCAUCACCAACACAGUGGGCAGCUCCAUCUCUAGGGAGACAGACUGCGGAGUCCACAUCAACGCCGGGCCUGAGAUCGGAGUAGCCAGCACCAAGGCCUACACCAGCCAGUUUGUUGCCCUGAUCAUGUUUGCACUCUUGAUGUGUGACGACAGGAUUUCCAUGCAGCCGAGACGCCGUGAGAUAAUCCAGGGUCUGAGAGUGCUUCCAGAUCUGAUUAAGGAGGUCCUCAGUUUGGAUGAUGAGAUCCAGAAGUUGGCAGAAGAGCUGUACCAGCAGAAGAGUGUACUGAUCAUGGGCAGAGGCUACCAUUAUGCUACCUGCCUGGAAGGAGCACUGAAAAUCAAGGAAAUUACAUACAUGCAUUCAGAGGGCAUCCUGGCUGGCGAGCUGAAACACGGCCCACUGGCCCUGGUGGAUAAACUCAUGCCGGUCAUCAUGAUCAUCAUGAGAGACCACACCUACAGCAAAUGUCAGAAUGCCCUGCAGCAAGUGUUUGCCCGCCAGGGCCGCCCCAUUGUAAUCUGUGACAAAGAUGAUUACGAGACCAUCAAGAACUCCAGCCGCACCAUCAAAGUGCCUCACUGUGUAGACUGCCUGCAGGGCAUCCUGAGCGUCAUCCCACUGCAGCUGCUGUCCUUCCACCUGGCGGUCCUCCGAGGCUAUGACGUUGACUGUCCAAGAAACCUGGCCAAGUCUGUGACAGUAGAGUGAGCGACACCACCACAUUCAUCACCUAACAACAAAAGCCUGGCGGACACGUAUUCAAACACACAUGGAUGCGGCGAGGGAGCGUCUGUAUGCAGAAACCAAGAGAAAACUGUCUCGUUUGUGUCUUGUGUCAUGGCUGUUUUUUAAUGCAAUCUUUCACUCAACCGUUGUUUAUCUCACUGUUGUAUAUCAUCUGUAUAUCACCGUUUUAUUUUCUUUGGUGUUGGAGUUGUGGUGUUUGUGGUGGCAGGUCUGGGCUAGCACUGACUCUUUAUCUCCAUUACUCUCUGGGUUUGUGAAGCCGUAGCAACGGACAGUGACCAUUAGCGUUUAUUCACUUUCACGCUCAAAACCCUCCAUGUUUAUUUGCGCUGAUUAGUCUCACUGGGAGCAUCUUGAAGCAGUAGACUGACAGAAGUUAGGUUUUAAAGACCGUACUGGCUUUUUUUCUUCUCUACUGCAAUGAUUUGUAGUUGGGAUAUUUUUCUUUUUGGCAGCUAAUCAUCUGAAGCAUCUUCACUCCACAGUUGAAGUAAGCGACAGUCUUAAAUCAUUCCAAGCCGCAGGUCACCACUUCAUAAUUGCAGCGUUUCUCUCUUGGACUUUAGUCUGAGGACGCAUAACUUCUAGCAGAAGCAGCAUCACAAAUCCGAUCACAGAAAAGUGUGUGAAUACACUGUCUAAAAUGUUCUUGGGUAGGUUGCAAAAGUUUGUUCUUGUCUUAAACCUUAGUGUUUCGGACUUCAGACCCUUGUCUCGGUCGGCGAGAAUAAGCCUCAUUUACUGGGCCAGUGUGACCUUUUGUUGCCAUAAACAGUUUCUGCAUUUAUUCUUCUCUGAACAUUAUACUCUAAAGCUAUUUGUGCACAA